AAGAGAACCCCCCCCCCCACCCAGGGAGGGGGAGGAGGGACAGGAUGUCACCAUGGAGACGCGGGGAAACACAGGAUAAUCAGCCACUCCGCCUGGGCUGCAUUCACGCCGAGACACCGGCAGGGAGCGGAGCCGGAGCCUCUCAAACGGACUGUCUGUCACCGUCCAUCCGCACGCAGCAGACAGGGGCGGCCUCAGAGGGAAGCAUGGCAGAGAGCACGGACAUGGCAGGGCUGGAGGAGAGUUUCCGCAAGUUUGCCAUCCACGGUGACACCAAGGCUACGGGACAGGAGAUGAACGGCAAGAACUGGGCCAAGCUGUGCAAGGACUGCAAAGUGGCCGACGGCAAGAGUGUCACCGGCACCGAUGUUGACAUUGUCUUCUCCAAAGUCAAGGGGAAGACCGCCCGAGUCAUCAACUAUGAGGAAUUCAAGAGGGCCCUGGAGGAGCUGGCAGCCAAGCGGUUCAAGGGAAAGAGCAAGGAGGAGGCUUUCGAUGCCAUCUGCCAGCUCGUGGCGGGCAAGGAACCGGCCAAUGUGGGCGUCACAAAAGCCAAGACGGGCGGAGCUGUGGACCGGCUGACGGACACCAGCAAGUACACGGGCUCUCACAAGGAGCGUUUUGAUGAGAGCGGCAAGGGCAAAGGUAUCGCGGGAAGGCAAGACAUCCUUGAUGACAGUGGCUAUGUGGGCGCCUACAAGCAUGCGGGCACCUAUGAUGCCAAGGUGAAGAAAUGAGGCCCAGGUGGUCCGGCCCCUCGGGCGCUUUCCCAACCUGCCGUUCCAGGACCAACCCCGAGGGGCACAGGGGCUCCGGGGACCAUGCCCUUCCUCCCCCCCCCCACCACCAAACCCCGGCAGCCGUGCCCCCCAGCAGACCCCAUGCUGCCCUGAAUCUGUGCCCCUGUGUGCACAGCUUUCUGUCCAGCUGCAGGAUGCCUCCAGGGGCUCAAGUUGCCCCCGCUCCCACCUCAGGGUUGUUCUGGGUAAAGGGUGAGGCCUGUGCUCUGAGCACAGAUGGGUCCUGGCGCAGCCCUAGGGAGCGACCAUACCAUUGGCCCCCACCCCACCUGCUUGCCCCAUAUUUAAGCUGCUUCCCCAGUGUCCCUUGGCCCAGCACCUACUCUGUACCCAACACCCAAUAAAGAAACCCUUUUGUACUGAC